CUUCAGUCUGUCCCAGUUACCUUUUUAUACACUUUCCGACUGUUUGUUUCAUUUUUCUUUAUUUUUUUUUUAUAGGGAGACGUUCUGGUAUUGUCUUCUAAAUGCCUCGCCAAUUUGUUUGCUGAAAAAACAAAGAAAAAAACCCAAAAACAAACAAACAAAAAGCACAAAGUUAUUCAGUAGUGCUUGUCAGAAAUGGGUCCAGGACGCUUGUUUGGUUUGGUGCUGGUUCUGGUGUUGUUGUUGUUGUUUUUAGGAGUUUUGUCGGUUCCACAGGACUCUGCAGAACAAAUCCCACAAGGAGCCUCGACUUUAGCCUUCGUCUUCGAUGUCACCGGGUCCAUGUAUGACGACUUGGUGCAAGUUAUCGAAGGAGCCUCGAAGAUUCUGGAAACGUCUCUGAGCCGCCCGAAGCGGCCGCUCUAUAACUUCGCCCUUGUACCUUUCCACGACCCGGAGAUUGGCCCAGUUACCAUUACCACAGAUCCCAGGAAGUUCCAGACGGAGUUGCAGGAGCUCUACGUACAGGGAGGCGGAGAUUGUCCAGAGAUGAGCAUUGGAGCCAUCAAGAUUGCGUUGGAAAUCUCACUGCCAGGCUCCUUCAUUUACGUCUUCACAGACGCUCGAUCUAAAGAUUACAAACUGACCCACGAGGUCCUGCAGCUCAUCCAGCAGAAACAAUCUCAGGUGGUGUUUGUGUUGACUGGAGACUGUGAUGACAGAUCACAUAUUGGUUAUAAGGUAUAUGAAGAAAUCGCCUCCACCAGCUCAGGGCAGGUGUUCCACCUGGACAAGAAACAGGUCAAUGAGGUACUUAAAUGGGUGGAGGAGGCAGUGCAGUCCUCUAAAGUCCACCUGCUGUCCACUGACCACUACAGUCCAAUCAGCAACACCUGGAAGAUCCCCUUUGACCCCAGCCUGAAGGAGGUCACAGUCGCCUUGAGUGGUCCAGCCCCAUACAUCGAGAUUCGCAACCCUCAGGGGAAAUUGAUUGGAAACAAAGAUGGACUGACAGAGUUGCUUCACAUCCCCAACUCAGCCAAGAUUCUCAGUCUCAAAGAUCCAGAGCCAGGCAUGUGGUCCGUAAAGACGAUCAGCGAGGGUCGACACUCCGUCCGUAUCACAGGCCUCAGCACCAUCGAUUUCCGAGCCGGAUUUUCCAGGAAGCACACACUGGACUUCAAAAUGACCUCCAGCAGGCCUGUACAAGGCAUCCCCACCUUCAUCCUGCUAAACACAACAGGCCUGUUCCAUCCUGCACGUGCCGAUCAGCUGGAGCUCCUGAGCAUCACUGGUUCCGUGAUAAAAACAUUGCCCAUUCGCUACUAUCCUGACCGCAAGCCCUAUGGUGUCUGGAACAUCACAGACUUCAUACCGCCCAAGGAAGCGUUCUUCCUCAGGGUGACCGGCUACGACCGCGACGGCUUCCUCUUCCAGAGAGUCUCUAGCGUCUUGUUCUCCAACAUCAUACCAGGACCCCCAAAGGUUAGUAUGCCGUCCACCACUCCGGGUUACUACUUGCAGAAGGGUGAACUGACGUGCCAGGUUGACAGUCUGAUCCCCUUCAGCCUACACUUCAGCCGAGAAGGCAAGCACCUGGGUGUGGACCAGUUCUUCAGCGAGUCUUCCAAUGUGUCAUGGGAGAUGGCUAAGGUGUCUCUGAAAGAUGAGGGCUUCUAUGACUGCAUCGCCAUCAGCAGCGCUGGAACUGGUCAAGCCCGGACCUUUCUGGACGUUUCUGAGCCUCCACCAGAUAUCACCAUACCUUUCAAUGUAACAGCGUCACCAGGCUCCACUGCGUUGCUGACCUGUGUGGCAGCCAGCACCGUACGUUUUAACCUGACCUGGCAGCGUGGUGGUGUGGAUGUUCGACUGGGCACGCGUUCUCGGCUCACCUCCAACCUCUCCCUGGAGAUCCAACGUGUAACACCAGACGAUGCUGGCUGGUACAACUGCGUCGCUGCCAAUGAGGGUGGGGUAUCAGCCUCUCGCGUCUACCUCAGCGUGCAGUCCCGGCCGAGAGUGACAGUGAACCCACAGAACCAGACCUUUACUACGGGAGACGAGGUGUGGCUCAAGUGCUCGGCUAAAGGCUAUCCUACUCCGACAGUGGUGUGGACCCACAAUGACAUGUUUAUUACAGGCUCCAGUAGGCACAGAAUGAUCCCAGAUGGUACGCUAGUCAUCAGGAACGCUGUGCAGAAGGACGCAGGGGUAUAUGGCUGCCUGGCCAGCAAUGUAGCGGGGACAGAUUCAAAGGCUGCUCUCCUCAGCUACAUCGAGUCUCCUCAGGUGACGGUACCAAAGAACAGGCUGCUGGUGGGCUUAGGACAGUCUGCUGUCAUGGAGUGUACAGUAACAGGAAUUCCACAGCCAGAGGUCCUAUGGUACAAAGGUGAUAAGCAGGUGAAGAUGUCGAUGUUUGUGAGCAUGGAUCGAAAAAGCGGCACUUUGAGCAUUCAACAGAUCGAAGCGGCUGAUGCUGGAGAUUACAUCUGUGUGGCAGUGAACCUGGCAGGCACCGCACAGGCCAAGAUCCGACUGGACGUGGGCUCCACUCCUCAGUUCACGAGGCAGCCCUCCAACGUGGCUGCAGACAUUGGCUCUAACGUCACCCUGUCAUGCCACGCCCGGGGCCACCCCGAGCCACGCAUCACCUGGAGACGAGAGGACAACACCGCCCUUUUCUCCCGUCGCCACGGCCACAGCUCUGUCACUCAGAGGAGGGGUGGAGAACUGCAGAUAACUAACCUUUGGGUUGAAGAUGGGACCACUUAUGUGUGUGAAGCUCAAAACCAGUUUGGCAAAAUCCAAACGAAAGUCAAAGUCACUGUCACAGGACUGGUCACCCCUGUGAUAGCACCGAGUCCUGCAAAGGUCAGUGUGAUAGAGGAGCAGCAGGUCACUUUACCGUGUGUGCUGCUUGCUGGAAACCCGCUGCCUGUGAGACACUGGCUCCACGACAACACCCUGGUGACCUCAGGAGCGUAUGCGAGUAUCUGGCGUGAUGGCAGUUUGCAUAUAGAGAGAGUCAGUUUGCAGGAUGAGGGACAGUAUACAUGCGUGGCUGAAAAUGUGGCAGGAGCUAGCAAUCACACCACCACCGUCCAUGUAUAUGUGAUGCCUACAAUUCAACAUGGCCCUCAAGUGUUCAGUACCAUAGAGGGAACACCCAUUUCUUUGCCUUGUCCUGCCCAUGGAGUGCCAAAACCAGACAUCACAUGGACCAAGCAUGGAGAGCUGCUGGAUCUGAGCAGUGGCACAUUCUCUCUGGAGGAGGACGGCAGUCUGCACAUCGCGUCCCCUGGGGGGAACGAAUCAGGAGAGUUUGUGUGCACAGCCACCAAUGCAGCUGGAUACAGCUCCAGAAAAGUCCAACUCACUGUCUAUGUGAGACCCAGGCUGAGUGGUGGUGGAGUUGGAGAUCAGUCGGGAUCAAGAGGACCGUUAGACAUGUCAGUGACAGUAGGUGAUGAUGUCACUCUCCCCUGUGAUGUGCAGAGCGUCCCACCCCCCAUCAUCACCUGGGCCAAAGACAAGCAGUUCAUCUCCCCUUAUUCCCCCAGACACACUCAGCUGCCCUCAGGCUCAAUGAAGAUCACAGAGACGCGUGUAACAGACAGCGGCACAUACCUGUGUGUGGCCACCAACAUCGCUGGCAACUUCAGCCAGGCUAUCAGACUCAGCAUCUACGUGCCUCCACGUAUCCUGCCGGGUCCACGUGUAAUAAAGGUCCAGGUGGGACAUUCCAUAGACCUGCCGUGUGUGAUCCAGGGAGUUCCCCACCCCUCUGUGAGCUGGAAGAAAGAUGGCACGGCCCUGGUGGCAGACGGGGCUCACUACAGUCUCUCCCGAAAUGGAACCUUGGCUGUCCGACAGGUGGCAUUAUCUGAUGAGGGAAAUUACACUUGUGUGGCCAGCAAUGUCGCGGGACAGGACAAGGCCAGUAUUCAGCUGCAGGUACAAGUUCCCCCUGUAGUGGAAGUCUCCGAACCCCCUUUCAACAGUCCACUGCAAGAGAGAGUGGCAAAUCAACGCAUUGCAUUUCCCUGCCCAGCCAAAGGUUUGCCUCAGCCAGUAAUUAAGUGGUUUAGGAAUGGUCAGGAGCUAACAGGGAAUGAACCCGGUGUGUCCAUCUUGGAGGACGGCACUCUGCUUAUCCUGGCCUCGGUAUCACCGCUGGACAAUGGAGAAUACACCUGCACAGCCUCCAACGAUGCCGGCAGCACUGAGAAGAAGUACCAACUGAAAGUCAAUGUGCCUCCUGAUGUGCGCGACAGUAGCCUGCCAUCAAACAUCUCAGUGGUCAUAUACCAGCCCACCAGUUUGGUGUGUGAUGUCACUGGCACACCUCCACCAGUCAUCACAUGGUUUAAAGAUGGCAUACCGGUGGUUGCCAGUGGCAAUGUGCAAAUCCUGCAAAGAGGAAAGACACUGAUGUUGCUCAAGGCUGCUACAGCAGACGCAGGCCGCUACAGCUGCAAAGCCAUCAAUGUCGCAGGAAGUACCGAGAAAGACUUUUAUCUAGAUGUCCUGGUUCCUCCUAGUAUUAUUGGAAGCGGUGGGUCACGUGAUCCCUAUGCUAUUCUGAAUCAGGAGAUCAGCUUGGAGUGCAAGGUCAACGGUGUGCCCUUUCCCACAAUCCAGUGGUACAAAGACAGGAAGCUGUUGUUUCUGGGAGACCCCAAUAUCGAGGUGUUGGAUCAUGGCCAGGUGUUAAAAAUAAAGAGCGCCCGAUUAGGGGAUCAGGCACGCUACCAGUGCAGCGUCACCAACUCUGCAGGAAAGCAGUCCAGAGACUUCAACCUCAGCGUUUACGUUCCACCCAGUAUAAAGGGAGGGAACGUGACCUCAGCGGUGACGGCUCUUCUGCAUAACCCGGUUUCUCUGGAGUGUGAGGUGCGCGGCGUGCCCCUCCCCGCCAUCACCUGGUAUAAGAACGGAGAGGCGAUUCUCUCCAGCAGGCAGGCGCAGUAUGUAGACCGUGGUCACUUCCUGAAGAUCUCCCGCGUGCAGGUGUCUGACGCCGGCCACUACACCUGCAGAGUGACCAGCGUGGCUGGAACAGCUGACAAGGCUUAUGAGCUGGAUGUCUAUGUUCCUCCCUCCAUUGCUGGAGGUGUAGAUGGACCUAUCGAGAAGAAAGUGGUGGUCAGUAAAACGCUGGUGCUGGAGUGUGAGGCAGCCGGUAAUCCUUUACCCUCACUCACCUGGCUAAAGGACGGAUCUCCUGUGAAAGUUGGAGAAAACCUUCGGCUUCUGGAUCAGGGCCGCAAGAUGGAGAUCGUCAAUGCCAUACCCUCUGAUUCUGGCCAGUAUGUCUGUGUAGCAACCAGCGUCGCAGGGGAAACGGGCAUCAAGUACGAUGUCGGCGUUUUAGUGCCACCCACUCUGGACGGGGCAGAUAAGGUUACACAUGCUGUGGUCAUCGUUAAUAACGUUCUUGAACUUGAGUGCCAUGCCACAGGCACACCUCCACCAACUAUCACGUGGCUAAAGGACAGCAAGCCAGUGAGGCAUGGAGAAGGGGUGCGAAUUUUGGCAAAUGGUCAUCGUCUGGUCAUCUCACGUGCCCAGGUCUCAGACACAGCGCUGUUCCAGUGUGUGGCCACAAAUGAAGCAGGAGAGCAGGAAAGAGAUUUUAAAGUCGCAGUCCAUGUUCCUCCAUCGAUCCAUUCUACCGGUCUUGCUGAACGCUCAGUGGUGCUACACAAUCCGGUGAGCCUCCAGUGUGUGGUUAGUGGCAUUCCAGCUCCCACCAUCACCUGGCUCAAAGAUGGCCGUCCUGUUGACACCACUCAGGUCUUCCUUAAGCUGGAAUCUGGAGGUAGAGUUCUACAUAUUAAGGCAGCCAGAGCAGAGGAUGCAGGCAAAUACACCUGUGUAGCAACCAAUGCUGCAGGAGAGGCACAGCAGAAUGUUCGCCUCAGCGUGCAUGAGCCUCCUAUCAUCCAGUUUGCUGGAGAAAGUGUCAAUCAAACUAUCCUGGCGGGAUACCAAAUCCAGCUGCAGUGUAAAGCCACAGGAAGUCCUGUACCAGCUGUGACGUGGUAUAAAGACAGUCGGCCUCUGACCAGCGCAGCAGGAGUAAGCAUCCUGAACCGAGGCCAAGUGCUGGAGAUCGACCGCGCUCAGGUGUCAGACGCUGGACUUUACAAGUGUGUGGCAGUCAAUGUGGCCGGCACAGCAGAACUUGCACUCAGCCUACAGGUUUAUGUGCCACCCUCCAUCUCCAGUAAAGGUGGGACGGUGACAGUGGUGGUGAAUGAUCCUAUCAGGCUAGAGUGUGAAGCCUCAGGUCUGCCUGCACCCAGUCUCACAUGGCUCAAAGAAGGCAGCCCCGUCUCCAGCUCCUCCAACGGCAUCCAGGUGUUGGCUGGAGGCAGGGUACUGUCUUUCAGGAGUGCUCAGAUGAGCGAUGCAGGCCACUAUACCUGCGUUGCAGUGAAUGCAGGUGGAGAGCAGCAGAGAGAGUAUGAUCUACAUGUCUAUGUACCACCCAACAUCAUGGGCGAAGAAGUGAACAGCACAGUCCUGAUUGGCCGUUCAGUGGAGCUGCGUUGCCAGAGUGACGCCAUACCCCCUCCCACUCUGAGUUGGCGUAAAGAUGGACGACCGCUUUACAGGAAGCCGGGAGUGAGCGUGUCCGAGGAUGGUAGUGUACUACAGAUUGCGAGCGCUCAGAUACAGGACACUGGCAGGUACACAUGCGAGGCCACAAAUGUAGCAGGAAAAACAGAGAAGAACUACAAUCUUAAUGUGUGGGUUCCACCAAGUAUCCGUGGCUCAGAUGAAGUGUCUCCUCUGACGGUGACAGUGGGUGGUCUCGUUACUUUGGUCUGUGAGUCCAGUGGGAUCCCUCCUCCCAGCCUCACAUGGAAGAAAAAUGGCUUGGAACUAAAGGGAGACUCGCGUGUGCGUAUAUUGUCCGGAGGACGUCAGCUGCAGAUCACCAGUGCAGAGAGGGCUGAUGCCGCGUCCUACACCUGCCAGGCCUCCAGUGCCACUGGCACUGCUGUCAAGGAGUACAACCUGCAAGUCUAUGUUCGUCCCUCCAUUAGCUCAUCAGCCAGUGGAAAAGGCGACGUGACAGUGGUACGAGGGGGAAACAUCACCCUGCACUGUGAGGCUGACGGUGUCCCCAGGCCUGUCAUCACCUGGCUAAAAGACGGCAGACCUCUGGGAACCGGCUCUGGACUUCAGAUCCUCAGCGACGGCCGACUCCUUCGCAUCAGAGAUGCUCAAGUGGUCCACACUGGCCGGUACACCUGCAUUGCCGUCAACGUGGCUGGACAGGAUGAGAGCAAACAUGACGUCACUGUUCAUGUUCCACCAAGCAUUAGCGGGAACAUGCGCAGGACUGAGAACAUGACCGUGGUGGUGAGAAACCCAGUGGCCCUCACGUGCGAGGCCUCCGGCAUCCCCCUACCUGUCAUCACCUGGUUGAAAGACAGCCGUCCAAUCAGCAUAUCUAGCUCUGUCCGGGUCAUCUCAGGUGGGCGAAGUCUGCGUCUGAUGCAUGCCGCAGCAGAGGAUGCUGGAAGGUACACCUGUAUUGUGUCCAAUACUGCUGGAGAGGACUGGAAGAACUUUGAUUUGGACGUAUUGGUUCCUCCAAGCAUUGUGAACGAGGGUGGGAUACAGGAUGUGAGAGUAAAGGAGGGGCAAAACGUCACUCUGACCUGUGAGGUCACCGGGAACCCAGUGCCUGAGAUCACAUGGUUAAAGGAUGGUCAACCAGUGUCGGGUGAAGAGCGCCUGCAGGUGAUGUCACAUGGACGCUUCCUUCAUAUAAACGAAGCUCAAGUGGUCGACACGGGCAGGUACAGCUGCCUGGCUUCCAACAGUGCUGGAGACAGGAGCGCACACUUUAAUCUAAACGUCCUUGUUACUCCGACCAUCACUGGCUCUGGGCCAGAGGGAUCUUCUGAAGAGGUGACUGUGACUUUGAACAGCCCCACAUCUCUGGUGUGUGAAGCUCAGUCCUACCCCCCCGCCAUCAUCACCUGGCUCAAAGACGGUACACCUUUUGAGUCCAGCCGCAACGUCCGGGUAUUGCCAGGUGGGCGCACUCUUCAGAUUCUGAAUGCACAAGCGGAGGAUGCUGGGAGAUAUACGUGUGUAGCCACCAAUGAGGCUGGGGAGACCCUGAAGAACUACGAGGUCAAAGUUUAUCUUCCCCCUGUUAUCAGUAAGGACAACAUACAAGGAGAAGGCUUUGCUCCAAAAGAGGUCAAAAUUAAAGUUAACAACACGCUGACGCUCGAGUGUGAAGCCCAGGCAAUCCCAAUCCCCACUCUACACUGGUACAAGGAUGGCCAGAUCCUUAAGGCAGAUGGGCGCAUUACCAUAACACCUAAUGGUCGAAUAGUUCAGAUAAAGCAGGCUCAGGUGUCUGAUACAGGCCGGUACACCUGCGUCGCUACCAACAUCGCAGGCGAGGAUGAAAAGGACUUUGAUGUAAAUAUACAAGUUCCUCCAAGUUUCCAGAGAAAUGGCAACUCCGUCUCUGGUAUUGUGUCUGCUGGCGAGGCGAAGGAUGUCAUUCUGAAUAAUCCCAUCUCACUGUACUGUGAGACCAAUGCUGUGCCGCCUCCCACUCUCACCUGGUACAAAGAUGGACAGCUGCUUACCUCCAACAGCAGAGUGCUCAUCUUACCUGGCGGUAGAGUGCUACAGAUCCCCCGAGCUCAAUCUGAGGACUCUGGAAAAUAUACGUGCGUGGCCAUCAACGAGGCUGGAGAAGACUCAGUCCAGUAUGAUGUUAGAGUCUUGUUGCCUCCUUCUAUCCGUGGAGCUGACAGAGACGUUCCUGAUGAUGUGACAGUAUUGGUGAAUAAGUCCACGCUGCUGGAGUGCCACGUGGAUGGAAGCCCUACUCCUAAAAUCAGCUGGUUCAAAGACGGCCUGCUUUUGAGCCCAGACAGGACACACACCCUGCUGUCCAGUGGCAGGACACUGCAGAUUUUCAAUGCGCAGGUGACCGACACAGGGCGCUAUGCAUGCGUAGCUGAAAACGUGGCUGGAAGUGCUGAGAAAUACUUCAGUCUCAACGUGCAUGUUCCUCCCUCCAUAGUUGGUGUAAACGAGGAGAAUGCUACUGUGGUAGUGAACAGUUUUGUCUCUCUGAGCUGCGAGGCCACUGGCUUUCCCCUUCCUACUCUGAGUUGGCUGAAAGACAGAAAACCUGUAAAGGUCAACAGCAAUGCUCUCGUCAUGCCAGGUGGUCGUAUGUUACAGAUUCUGAAGGCUAAAAUGUCUGAUGGUGGGAAGUACAGUUGUGUGGCCAUCAACCCAGCAGGAGAGGCACAUAAGAUAAUCUACCUCACAGUUUUUGUUCCUCCCAGCAUCAGGGACAGCGGUGGCAACUCUCCUGUAGUGAUCAGUGUCCGUGUGGGGAACUCGGUCACUCUGGAGUGCCAGUCCAAUGCCAUUCCCCCUCCCACAAUCAACUGGUACAAGAACGGACGUCUCGUCACCGAGACCGCCAACCUUCGCCUUCUCGCUGAUGGACAAACUCUGAAAAUUAAAGGAACAGAGGUGUCUGAUACUGGCCUGUAUGUCUGCAAGGCUAGCAAUAUAGCAGGCCAGGUGGACAAGAACUUCCAUCUUAACAUCUAUGUGCCUCCAAGUAUAGAUGGCCCAGCAGAGGAACAUGUGGUAGAGACCAUCAGUAAUCCAGUAACCUUUGCCUGUGACGCCACAGGCAUCCCACAUCCCAGCCUCACCUGGCUAAAGAAUGGCAGAGUAAUCGAGAAUUCUGAGUCACUGGAAAUGCACAUCCUGUCAGGAGGUGGUAAGCUGCAGAUUGCUCGCUCCCAGCUAUCUGAUAGUGGUAACUACACCUGCCUGGCCUCUAACGUUGAAGGCAAAGCCCACAAGCGCUACCAUCUUACUAUACAGGUGCCACCCAGCAUCACGGGAUCCGAGAUGCCCAGUGAGAUGAGUGUUCUGCUGAAUGAUAGCAUUCAGCUGGUGUGUCAUGCAAAAGGGACUCCAGCCCCUACCAUUCAGUGGCUGAAGGAUGGGAAAGCUCUGAACCGCACUGGCCUCAAGAAUAUCAGAAUCAGCCCCGAUGGCAGUACACUCACGGUAACAGCCGCCCACACAACAGACAGUGGCAAAUACACAUGUGUGGCCACUAACAAGGCUGGUGAAGAGGACAGGAUCUUUCACCUUAAUGUGUAUGUCCCUCCAGUGAUCCAGAGUAAUACGGACACACCCAAGGUGAUAACGGCAGUUGUGGACAGCUCAGUAAACAUCGAGUGUGUUGCCAGUGGAUCUCCUCCACCUCAGCUCAACUGGUUAAAAAAUAACCUGCCCCUGGCUGUGUCCUCCCACGUACGCCCGCUGUCUGCUGGACAAGUCCUCCGUAUUGCACGCGUUCAGGUAUCAGAUGGAGGCACGUACACUUGUGUGGCAUCCAACCGAGCUGGAGUGGACAACAGGCACUACAACCUACAGGUUUAUGUUCCUCCUAGUCUGGAUGGAGCAGGCAGUACUGAUGAUGUGACGUUGGUGAGGGGGAGCAUGGUUGCCCUGGUGUGUGUCUCCAGUGGGACCCCAAACCCAUCCCUGUCCUGGAUGAAGGAGGGAGCUGCUUUGUCCACGGAUACCCACAUGACCCUGCUAAACCACAACAGCACUCUGCAGAUAUCCCACAUCCAGGUAGACCACACGGGACGCUACACCUGUGUCUCACGUAACCAGGCUGGAGAAGCCCGUCGCCACUUCAAACUCAAAGUGCUGGAGCCCCCACGCAUCAACGGUUCAGGAUUCCCCACUGAGGUAUCCGUGGUGGUGAACCACGCCCUAGAGCUUGUUUGUGAGGCAGAGGGAAUUCCUGCACCCACACUUACCUGGGUAAAGGACGGUCGGCCGCUGCCUCAGACGGACAGCCUGAGCAUCCUCCGUGGAGGAGAAGUGCUCCGGAUCGCCUCUGCACAAGUUGAGGACACUGGAAGGUACAGCUGUUUGGCAACCAGCCCUGCUGGAGACGAUGACAAAGAGUUCCUGGUUAGAGUCCAUGUUCCACCCAACAUUGCUGGCAAGAGUGGUGUCCAGGAUAUAUCGGUACUUCAGAACAGGCAGGUAACCUUAGAGUGCCGAUCAAAUGCUGUACCACCCCCCACUCUGUCCUGGCUCAAAGAUGGACUUCUGCUAAAGCCUUCUGCACGGGUGCGUGUGCUAUCCAGCGGUCGCUACCUGCAGAUCAAUAACGCAGAGCUAGGAGACACUGGUCGCUACACGUGCCUGGCUAGCAAUGUCGCUGGGGAGACAAGACGGCAUUUCAACCUCAGUGUAAAUGUUGCACCCAUUAUAAAAGAAGGUCCUCAGGCCAUUUCUGUUCAAGUCAACAUGCCAGUGGUUUUGGAGUGUAUUGUUAGUGGGGUUCCUGCUCCACGUGUCACCUGGAGGAAACAUGGCUCCGUUCUUGCUGGAAACAACCCCAGAUAUAGUUUUGCUGAGGACGGCUCUCUACAUAUCCAGUCUGCCCAGUUGUCUGACACUGGCCAUUACUUGUGCAUGGCCACUAACCAGGCAGGCACCCAGCGCAAGAGAGUGGAUCUGCAAGUGCAUGUGCCUCCCUCAAUCGCUGAGGGUCCAACUAAUGUCACGGUGACGGUAAACAUUCAGACCACUCUGUCCUGUGAGGCCACAGGCAUCCCCAAACCCACGGUCACAUGGACCAAAGACGCUCGCCCUCUCAACAUAGACGAGAACCAGAAUAUGUACAGGCAGUUGUCAUCAGGAUCUCUGGUCAUAAUAGCACCAACAAUAAAUGACGCAGCACUGUAUGAGUGUGUGGUGUCCAACGAAGCAGGCCAGGACAGCCGAGCCAUCCAGCUCACAGUACAUGUGCCACCUUCCAUUGCCGAUGAAGCUACAGAGUUGUUGGUGAGCAGACUGUCCCCGGUGGUGAUUGGCUGCACUGCAUCUGGAUUCCCUGCUCCUGUCCUGCACUGGAGCAAAGACGGGAUGCGACUGCCCAAAGACGGAGAGGGCUACAAGAUUCUGCCCUCUGGUGCUUUUGAGAUAGCUGCUGCAGAAUUGAAUCACACUGGUCGUUACUCAUGUGUUGCAAAGAAUGCUGCUGGAUUGGCUCAUCGCCACGUACAGGUCAUCGUGCAGGAGCCACCAGUGAUCCAAGCUCACCCAUUAACGCUGGAUGUGAUCCUGAACAACCAUGUGACCCUGCCAUGUCGUGCCUUGGGCACCCCACGCCCCACCAUCACCUGGCAAAAAGAAGGCAUCAACAUUGUCACAACUGGCAGUGAUUUCACUGUUCUGCCAAAUGGCGGCCUGCAGAUCUCACAGGCCAAAGUGGAAGACACUGGUACUUAUGUGUGUGUGGCCCAGAAUCCAGCAGGCACAGCACUGGGCAAGACCAAACUCAGGGUGCAAGUACCUCCAGUGAUCAGUUCAAGCCCUAAGUCCUACACUGUGGCUAUGGAUGGAUCAGUGACUCUGCAGUGCCAGAACGAGGGAUACCCGACCCCGUCAGUCAGCUGGUAUAAAGAUGGGAAGCCGCUGUCUGAGUCCGUACGUCAGCGCUUCCUUAGCUCUGGUUCUCUGCAUAUUGUUUUUGCCCAGCCAGGAGACACGGGUAUAUACACCUGCACUGCAGCCAAUGUGGCUGGAAGCUUCAGCCUGGAGAUGAGCGUCACUGUCCUGAUCCCUCCAACCAUCCGCAGACGUGAACCAGAGCUGUGGGUGCUGGAGAAUACUCAGGUGCUGUUGUCCUGUGCAGCUGAAGGAGUACCUCACCCCAUCUUGAGCUGGGAAAAAGAGGGCAUCGCUGUGACUGACAAAACAGGGGCUUACACUAUCAUGUCCUCCGGGGAACUGGUCCUAGAAAACGCUCAGCCUGAGGAUGCUGGGAGUUACACUUGUGUGGCCACAAACUCUGUAGGGCAGGACAAGCAGACGAUUGUUCUGUCUGUGUACACACACCCAGCAUUCACCGAGGUCCUGGGAGAUACAUCUCUCAACAAGGGAGAGCGCCUCUUACUGGCCUGUGGAGCCACAGGCAUUCCUCCACCCAAAAUCACUUGGGCUUUCAACAAUAAUAUCAUCCCUGCUCAUUAUAACCAUGUGAAUGGCCAGAGUGAGCUAGUGAUCGAGCGCGUGAGUAAGAACAACACAGGCACGUACUCCUGUAUUGCAGAGAACCGAGUGGGAUCCAUCAAAUCUUUGGGUUUUGUCUACGUCAAAGAGCCUCCUAUAAUAGACGGAGAUGUCCAUACAAACCAUAUCAAGUCUCUGGGUGGGAAUGUCAUUCUGAACUGCGAGGUACGGGGAGACCCUCUGCCCACCAUCCAGUGGAGCAAGAAGGGCAUCAAUGUCCGCGUCAGCAACCGCAUCCGCCAGCUAGACAACGGUUCUCUGGCAAUCUAUGGCACUGUGAGAGAGGAUGCAGGUAGCUACACUUGUGUAGCUACAAAUGAUGCUGGAGUCGUGGAAAGAACAGUCACUCUUACGUUACAGAGUCCUCCAGUCUUUAUUGUGGAACCAAUGGACACCGUAGUGGAUUCAGGAUCCAUCAUGGUCCUAAACUGCCAGGCACAGGGUGUGCCUACACCCGUAAUCGAAUGGGCCCGCCAAGGGCGCCCACUGCUGGCAAACGACCGCAUCACCACACUAACGAAUGGUUCCCUGCGGAUCAGCAGCGCUCAGAAAGAGGACACAGCAGAAUAUGAGUGUGUAGCUCGCAACCUGUUGGGCUCAACACUAGUGCAUGUGGCCCUCACAGUUCGUGUUCAUGGAGGCUUCUCCGAGUGGAUGGAGUGGGGUGCCUGCAGUGUGUCUUGUGGGACCGGCGUUCAAAAGAGGUUGAGACGGUGCAACAACCCCCAGCCUGCCAACGGUGGCCACCACUGCUCAGGCUCAUACUCUGAGACCCGCAGCUGUCAAGGCAAACCCUGCCCAGUGGAUGGUCAGUGGUCAGAGUGGACAGCGUGGGAGGAGUGCUCUCAUACCUGUGGUCAAGGGAACAGGACAAGGGUGCGAACUUGCAGCAAGCCUCCAGCCCAACAUGGAGGCAGGGCCUGCGAAGGCCGAGCCGUGGAGGUCAUCAUGUGCAGCAUCAAGCCCUGUCCUGUUGCUGGGAACUGGGCUUCCUGGCUGCAAUGGAGCCCUUGCAGUGAAACAUGUGGUAAAGGCAUGCAGACAAGAAUCAGGCUGUGCAACAACCCCCCACCAUCUUUUGGUGGACCGCCAUGCAGUGGAGCAGACACACAAACUCAAUUGUGCACAGAGAGGAACUGCCCUGUGGAUGGAAAAUGGUCAUCUUGGUUAAGCUGGGGUGCCUGUAGCGUUUCCUGUGGAGGUGGAACCAGACAAAGGACACGGCUCUGCGCAAGCCCCGCCCCUGAAUACAGAGGAAGGCAGUGUGAAGGAAAUGAUGUCCAUAUUGACUUCUGCAACAAUGAACCAUGCCCUAUUCAUGGUAACUGGGGCCCAUGGAGCACCUGGGGCACCUGCAGCCGGACUUGCAACGGAGGCCAAAUGCGGCGUUACAGAACGUGCAACAAUCCCCGACCGGCCAAUGGGGGUAGAGCGUGUGCUGGAACUGAUACAGAGAUCCAGAAAUGCAGCAAGUUGCGUUGCCCUGUGGAUGGUAACUGGAGUCCAUGGCAGCCAUGGGGUGAGUGUUCAGCCUCCUGUGGUACAGGAGAACGCACAAGGAUCCGUGUCUGUAACAAUCCAGCUCCUACCAACAAGGGCCGUCCUUGCCCAGGAGACUCCACCCAACUUUCCAGGUGCAACAUCCAGCCAUGUCCAGGUGGUCCUCAGAAGGCCAGAGGGAGUAUAAUUGGCACCAUUAAUGAUGUGGAGUUUGGCAUAGCCUUCCUCAAUGCAACGAUAAUCAACGGUCCUUCAGGGGGCAGAGUGACACACGCUACUAUCACCAACAUACCCAGGAGCCUGGGCCCUGGUAUGAGGAAACUGAUCUCUCUCCUGAAUCCCAUCUACUGGACCACAGCACAGGAGAUCGGCGAGGCCGUCAAUGGCUACACCCUUACAGACGGCAUCUUCAGACGAGAGACCCAAGUGGAGUUUGCAACAGGGGAGAUCCUCAGGAUGACCCAUGUGGCACGGGGAUUAGACACAGAUGGCGCUCUGCUCUUGGACAUUGUAGUGAAUGGAGACAUCCUCCAACUGCCUUCCAGCGCAGAUAUUGGCCUCAAGGACUAUACAGAGGAUUAUAUCCAGAUAGGUCCUGGGCAGCUAUAUGCUCUAUCAACACGUAUGUUCAGUGUCGACAGAGUGAGUGUGCCCUAUUCCUGGAACCAUACCAUUUCAUACGAGUCCUCCAGAGCAAAAAUGCCUUACCUGGUGCAGACGUUGCAUGCGUCUUCCAUGAGUGCUCACUACCGUCCUCUAGAGGAGACACUGGAGUUCACAAUCUAUGCCAGCAUUUCCAAGGGUGAGCGUAGCAACCAGUGUCCCAGUGGCUUUGUGCUGGACCCAGCUGGACCCUACUGCGCUGAUGAGAACGAGUGUAACGAAGGCAGCCCAUGCUCCCAUGCCUGCCAUAAUGCUAUAGGCACAUACUACUGCUCCUGCCCAAGAGGACUGUCAAUAUCUGCUGAUGGCAAGACAUGCCAGGAUAUCGAUGAAUGCUCACUGGACGGGCACGUGUGUCAUGACGGACAAGACUGUGAAAACACUAUUGGCUCCUACCGUUGUGUGAUGCGUUGUGGACGGGGUUUCAGAAGAACAGCAGAUGGCUUGAGUUGUUCAGAUAUAAAUGAGUGUCAGGAGUCCAACCCAUGCCACCAGCAUUGUCUCAACACCAUUGGCAGCUUCCGCUGUGCCUGUGAUCCAGGCUACCAGCUCAGGAACCGCCGUUGCAUUGACAUUAAUGAGUGCAAGCAGAGAGUGUGCCGAUCAGACCAGCAGUGUAAAAAUACGCGUGGUGGCUACACAUGCAUCGACCUCUGUCCUACUGGUAUGACCAAAGGAGUCAACGGCACAUGCGUAGACAUUGAUGAGUGUCGAGAUGGCACACACCAGUGCAGAUACAACCAGAUUUGUGAGAACACCAGGGGGAGCUAUCACUGCACCUGCCCCAGGGGCUACCGCUCGCAGGGUGUGGGUCUGCCCUGUAUUGACAUAAACGAGUGUGAGCGGGUGCCGAUGCCCUGUGCCUUCCAGUGUGUGAACAGUCCAGGUAGCUACAAGUGCACUUGCCCUCCUGGCCUCCAUUUGCUGGGGGAUGGGAAGUCCUGCGCUGGGCUGGAGCGCUUGCCCAGAUUUGAAAGCCUCUCAUAUGGUUUCCGCACCUCACAGUCCUCCCCUGAGCGAAGCUCCUCCCAGCAUCGCUAUCACAGACUGACAUCUCAGAGCUACCAGUCUUACACUGUCAACAGGGGGAACUACAGGCUCAACCCUCAUCCCUCACGCUCUCGUAGGGCCACUAAGGCGUGCCGUCUUGGCUUUAUUUCAGAAGGGGAUAAAUGCAUAGAUAUCAAUGAAUGUGAGCAGAGGGACAUGUGCCAGCAUGAGUGUGUAAACACACCAGGAAGCCACAAGUGUUUUUGUCCCAGUGGCUAUCGCCUCAUGACCAAUGGCAAAACAUGCCAAGAUAUCGACGAGUGCUUGGAGCAAAAUAUUCAGUGUGGCGCAAACAGAAUGUGUUUCAACAUGAGAGGCAGCUACCAGUGCAUUGACACGCCCUGCCCACCAAACUACCUGCGAGACCCAGAGUCUGGCUUCUGCCUGAAGAACUGUCCUCCCAAUGACCUUGAGUGUUCUCUGAGCCCCUACGCACUCGAGUACAAGCUGCUGUCUCUGCCCUUCGGUAUCGCCGCCAACCAAGACCUGAUCCGACUGGUGGCCUACACUCAAGAUGGCGUGAUGCACCCGCGCACCAGCUUCCUGAUGGUGGAUGAGGACACCACACUUCCCUUUGCCCUGCGCGAUGAAAACCUAAAGGGCGUGUUGUUCACUACACACCCGUUGCGUCAGCCACACACCUACCGCAUUAAGGUACGAGCAUUGUCUUAUAGCACUGACAGGGCCAUCGAGUACCAGACCACUUUCAUCGUCUACAUUGCCGUCUCAGCCUACCCCUACUGACGGCUCUUCACCGUGUGAACAGGGCGUGACUGAAUAUGAGCGAGCAUGUGUAUGUACCUGUGUGUUCAGUUGUAGAUCCACCACUUGAAGAUUGUUUUGAGACAUCACAUUCGGCCUCAUAGAUUGAGGAGCUGAGCUGAAGUGCUAAGAAAACAGGUGAAUAACGAUAACUUAGCAUUAACCCCUGGGGUACUCCAAAGACAUACUGCUUUACCUGUGGCUGGAUUCCAUGGUGAAGCCUGAAAGCUGUUGGUUGGAUGAAGUAGCUAAUCCAGUCCUGUGUGUUACGACAAGCGUUUUUGCCAAAUUACAUACAAGGACAAAGGAUGACUGGACUCCAUACUUCUGAUCAAGAGAUACAGAUAAAGGACGAGUAUAUGUGUAUGUCUACCUAUUAACUUAUUGGAAAGUGCUUGAAAACAAGAAUUUGAGGAUUUUUUUUUUGUGUGUGUGUGGUCAUUUACAUUGUGUAGUAGUGUUUAUCCAGAGAAGUUCAGGGGUAAGCAACACCAUUACCAUCUCCAAAAGUAAAAUUAAUAUCCAUCUCAGGUAAGCACUGCAUUCCACUUAUAAAGCAUUUUCAUAUAUAUUUUUAUUCUUAUCUAUGUACAGGACUAAACGUCAACCUUUGCAACAGACUUUUAUUACAGGUUUAUACACAAGUUCAUAAGUGCAUAAAGAUGUAUUCUAUUUUUUAUUAUUUGUAUAUAAGCAUUUGGUUUUAAUUCUGUAAUGUUUCGGUAUUGUAUUCAUUUUUUUUUACAUAAACAAUAAAUGUACAAUCAAUAA